AUGCAUGAACGGUACGGUGUUCAGAAACGACUGCAAGAGCACUUCAUGGGGCGAUUCAUUGGCACCAAGGGAAGCGCUGAUUUCGCAGCUUACAAGGCAAAGACAGCCGGAAGGCCGAGCAUCUCAGCGAGAAAAGUGGAGCAGCAGGAAGAGGUGAAAAGGAAGGAAGUGCUCGAGAUAUCAAAACUGUUCCGGGAUGCUGUUAAGCUGGCAAUGGUAGCUGGCGGUGACAACAGGACUGACAUAACGAAUAAAACUAUCAAAGUCGCCUCACCUCGCUUUCUUUCAAUCGUACCUGAUGAAGAGAACAACGACCGAGUAAGUUUACUCAUGCCUUACUUCGUGCUGCUUGAAGGAAACAAUUAA